AAGACCUAAAACUGUAAAUACAAACAUGGACCCCGAAGUUAACAAUAAAACUGCUAUAGAUGCAGAUAAAAUCGAUCAAAGUAUCAGUUUUCCCCAUGUUACAGCUGUCGCUUCAGGAUGGAUGCUGGACUUCAUGUUUGUAAGUCUGUGUCGGCGUUUCAAGGAAGACAAGUUUGAUGAAUUCAAUCAAACGCUUUCGGUUUUCGAGGCCGUGUCUCAGAAUCUGUCUCUUAAAGGAGACUGCUAUGAUGAGAAAACCAUGAUAACCGCCUUCCUCGCGAGAGUCAUGCAUGGAAAACAGCUGGAUAUCAUGUUUGAGGAGGACGAAUGUGUGAUGCCUCUGAUGUCUGCUGCCAAAAUAUGGUUACAGCUAGAAGAUACUGUGGAAGAUGAAAGUGUGUUCAAAAACAUUAAGAUUCUUUUGCUUGUCCAGUCUGUGGCUGUGUGCUUGGAGAAAGGCAAAAGAUCUUCUGCCUCCUCUGCCCUCAAGUGGUUGCAGAGUAACCAUGACCUCCCACAGAACGUGGGACUCAAGCUGACAACAAUAGUGACACAGAGGGACACUUACCACCCAUUCCUCAUGAGCUUCAGCUUCAGCCGCCUGCUGGAGACAAUCCACUUGUUCUUGGAUGCUUACCUGGAGAAGAAUCCCUCUGACUUCCUUCUAAAGGCGGCCACUAAGAUAGUCCUGUCAUCACAGACCACUGAGGGUUUGAAGGACGCGGUGACGCAGGAGAGCUCUCUCUCAGAAAAGACCAACGAAUCAACAGAGAAGAAACCAAAAGCAAAACGGAAACUACUCUCAACUAAAAUUACUGAUGUAUGGAAACCUGAUUCAUGCAAGAAGGCUUUUGUCUCUCUCAGAAGACUCCAAAAGAGUGAGAUAUCUCAGAUAAUAUGUGAGAAGUCAAACAGCACCACAGAGAUCCGAAAAAAAAGAAAACCACCUCAGAAAUGGACACCCGAGCUGGACAAAUACCUGAAGGCCGGGGUUAAACAUCACGGCACAGGGAAGUGGUCUCUGAUAUUACUGGAUUAUGACUUUGGAGGACGCACUGGAACCAUGCUCAAAGAUCGCUGGAGAGUCUUAAUGAGGGCACACGAAGUCGGCUGACUUGUGUAAUUAAGUGGUUCGCCUGUAAAUAAAAUCAGUGACUUAUCUCAUCCAUUUAUUUUAAUUACUGAAAAUGUUGCUGCCUUUUUAUGCUUUUCAGCUGCUUUUUGCACCAAGAAGAUACACCACUAGAGGGCACUCAACACAGAACAAUGAACUGGGCUAGUUGCAUUGGUUUCUAUAGUAGAUACAUUUGAUUUGUGAUAUACCAAAUCUUUAACUGUGCCAUUCUAACUUAAACAAUGUAGCAGUUCGCUUUGAAUAAAACAUGGUAUUAGCUAGUUCACUCACUGAACCGUUUUCAGCCAACACAGAGCAUGUACUCUCUAUGAUAGGGAUUGUUUCAUUGUAUCUUUUUUUCCCCCCACUUUUUUUAAAGAAAUGCAUAGUGAAGUCACAAAUGUAAAAUAUAUUUUUUUAUAAUUUUAAGUUAAAUAGCUUUGACAGAAAAUUGUUACAAAAAUGAAAACAACAGUGGCUUGUUACAAUAAAAAUUUACAAAAUCA